UAGAGUUCCCCAAUGUUGAGAGAGAUUUCGCAAUACUUAAGGCAGCAGUACUAAACAGCACAAAAAGGCUUUUAAAGCAAAUACAAUUGUUUCAGCUUCGGUUUAAAUUGAAUUCAAUUGACUAAUUUAUCAGCAGGUAUAAAACAAUAUCUAUAUGUUUAAAGGAAGCGUUGCCAAGAGGUUCUUAGAUUCAUCAACAAGUAUAUUCAGCAUCUUCAGUCCUUCCAAAAUAAAAGUUAGUAAGACAACAAGAAGGUGGUGGAAGCAGACAUUUAGCCCAAAUGAGCAAGCAGUCACAGCAGAAAACUACUAAAGACCAAAAUGGAGUGAGUGUCAUCCAGACCCAGGCUCAUACAAGUGGUUUGCAGCAAGUCCCCCAGCUGGUGCCAGUCAGUCCUGGUGGAGGUGGCAAAGCCAUGGCCCCCAGCAAGUCGAAAAAGGCUGCGGAUAAGGAAAGCGAUGAAUACCGCCAGCGUCGGGAGCGCAACAACCUUGCAGUGAAGAAGAGCCGCAUGAGAAGCAAGCAGAAAGCUCAGGAUACCCAAGCGAGGGUAAAUGAACUGAAGGAAGAAAACGAGCGUUUGGAAUCUAAGAUUAAGCUCCUCAGCAAAGAGCUGAGUGUCCUGAAGGAUUUGUUUCUCGAGCAUGCUCACAACCUUGCAGAUAACGUGCAGCCGCAAAGCAACGAUGGCUCCACAACGGGGCAGAACAACAACAGCAGCAACACUGGGCAGUAGUCAACAAGAAAAUUCACGGUAUUCAUCAAAGUCUUUUGAGACUUAUUUUAUUCUAUAAUCUUUUAGUUCUUAAGAUAUCUUUAGGUGGAUUUGGCUAAGGGAAUUGUUCUUUUUGUUUUGUUUUUAUUUAUUUUUUUUUUGCUAAAUUGUGCCUCAGUAAAUUGACCAGCUGUGUGUUUAGGCUACUGUAUAUAAUAAUUUCUGACUUUGCCAAUAAUGCAUAUGCAAAUGUCUAUAGUGUAUACUUGCAUUUAUAAACACAACAUGCAUAAACUGCUUGCUGUUCUAAUUGGAAAAAAUGUCCAUUGUAUAUACUGCACUUGAUGUUGCUGUGAUUAACUGUCCUGGUAAAGGCACCAAGAAUAGUUUUUUGUUUUUGGUGAUAGUUUAGUUAGACAAAUUUAUCCAAUUUAUAUAAUGAGACAAGUAAAUACAAAUUUAACCUUGAGUUACCUCUUGGUUCGAUGCCAGUGUCAUUCAAGCAUUUGAAACAAUUAAGGCAUUUGAGUCUAAGUAACCAACCACAUACAUUUAAGCCUGAUGGGUGCAGAAAUCACACCAUUUGCCAGGACAGUUCCAAAAACAGAACCAUGUUUGUUUUAACUUGUACAUUCAUUUUGUUUUAUUUUUUGUUCUAGAACAUUUCAUGAACAGAUUGAACCUUCUUUUGUUCAGGACUGACAUGUUGAUGCUCCAGUCAGCCCUGUCACGUUUGCAUUUGCACCUUUUAUCUUGAUUGCAGACUCAAGUUGUUAUGUGACCAAAAAAAAAAAAAAAAAAAAACUUUAGUCACUGUCAACAAGUUCAUGGAAGUCGGAUGUGACUCAGACUUCAGAAUGAAUUCAGAACGAGUACCAACAUCGUAAAAAAAUAAAAAAAAUAAAAAAAAUAAAAAAAAUGCAUUUGAUGCUUUGUUCACAUUAAAAUAAUUUAAUAUUUUAACAUACCGCAUAUAAAAACCUUUCUUUAUCACUGUGUGACAAAUUUUGGGGGUUUUGCAACUAGUCAGACAAUACAACAUUAUUAUUUAAUGCUGUCAGAAUGCAAAAAUGUAAACCUUGAAUUGUAAAUGAUUACCAGUGUAUUCACUUGCUGACUGCGGAAUUAUGUUCAAAUUGGAACUGAUGCGUCACAAUAUUGCAGAUCUGGGAUUCCAUUGAAAUUCAGAUAGGCAAGACUGUUGGGUCUUCCUCUUGAUCAAAUAUGAGAUUUUUCAUAUGUUUCAUUCUCCUGAGCUUUUAUCAAAAAUUGUUACAAAACCAAAAGUUUCCUUGAAGUAUUGGGACAAUAUUGGUUUACAGUGGGUGGUUAAUCUAAUAGUUGUGGAUUAAAUGCUGCUGUUGUUUAAAUCAUUAAAAUAGGUUCUACAUAGUUUUACAGACAGAAAUACACUAAAGACUCUUGCAUGUACUGUUAGAUGUUUGCUUUCCUCUACAGAGACAAAUAUAUAAUUAUAUAGAGUUUCUAAGCAUGGUGGCAUUUUAGUCCUCCACUGUUUAGACUACCGUAACUGAAUAGAGACCAGAGUGUAUUUGUAUAUACUAGAUUUUACAAGCUAUUUACUCCAUUAACAAAAAGGGGGGGGGGGGGGGGGGCCCAACAAUUCUAAAACCAAAAAGAACAAACAAGCCACUAAAUUGGAUAGAAGUUACAAUUAGUUUGUGAACUUUAUUGGGUAUGAUUGUUCUCUCUUUCUAAUGACAGUUGAAAUACAUAGCUUCCAGAAUCUAGUCCCUAGUACCUCAGUGGGUAGUGUAAUAUCUGUGAGUCAUUGAUCACUUAUUAUAUGUAUAUUUUUCAUACAUAAUGCAAGCACUGUACCUAAUUUUUACCCUUGAAAUGGGUAAAAGUGAGACAGUGUCCAAUGGAGUAAAUGUGAGACACAUUCUUCAUUACCCCAGCUGAUUCCAGUGCUAUUUAAGCACACUGGUGAAGCAUACAUUUUGUAUUUACAGUUUUGGCUGGGGAUGUAUUGUGACCAACAGGCUUGUUCAAUGUAUUUAAAUAUUUUUUAAUGUAUUUAACUUAACCAAAUGUCUUGUCCAGUCCCUGAGUUUUGCAUGCCUCAUAUUUACUCUGGACGACCCUACACACACUGUAGUAUAAAAGAAACCAUGUGCAGUAUGUCCCCAUGCCCAUAGGCAAUGUAUGUGUAUUCUUUACAUUUCUGUCUUGGGAUUUCAUUUGCUUAUCAAAUUGACAUUUUUUAAAGGCUUGGACUGGAUUACACAAAGUAUAUUUUUUGAGCCACAUAGUUAGCAUUAUGUUUGUUUAGUAUAUUUCUUUUAUAUCCCUGGAAAAAAUCCUUGCACAAAUGUUACUAUAUUUAAGCCCUGUCUAUUUUUGUAACUUCAUAUUGGUGUACAACAUAUGAUUUGCAAUUAUUACCAUUUGGAAGCACCAUCUUGAUUUCUUAGUUUUGCCCAGAUGGCAACAUAUACCAGUAACUAUAAUGCAGUGAAUGAUGGAUACUUGUAAACCCUGUGAAAUAUAAAGUCAUCUACUUGUUAAUUGGCCAAUUUCUUUACUUUUUCUAUAAAAGGUGUUGAUUAUCCAAAUCCAUUUACUCAUACAUUUGUAUUUUACUAUCAAUGUUGCUGGGCAGCAUUUGUGUGUAAGUCUGCUUUUUCUUACUAGAAAAGUGGGUUAAGGUGCACUGUAAAUUAAAAUGUUUUUUGAUUGAAGAA